CCCGCCCCCAGCCUCGCGUAGGUGCCACCCGCGGAGAUGAAAUGUGAGCCCGGGUGGCCGAGGACGCUGGAUCGGCCGCUUAGCCCGCCGCCCGAGCGCCGCGGGGACAGACAAAGAGACCUCCGCCCCAGCGCAGCCCCGCGCGGCGGCCCGGGCUCCCCUCGAAAGCUCCCAGGGCGAUGGCCAGGUCUCCGCGCCACCCGGCUCUCCAGAGCGCUGCCCUCUCCAUCUGACCGCCCUCCAGCUCCCCCAUCCCCUCCGGUGCCAGGCUCUCCCUUGGCUCCCAGCCCUCUCUACAGACCUGUCUGUCUGUCUCUCUGUCCAUCUGUCCUGGCGCGCAACCUCCGGCCACCGGCUUGGAUGGACGCGCGGAGGGUCCCCGGGUGUCCAGGGGUCUUGCUUCCGAAGUUGGUCCUGCUCUUUGUCUACGCAGAGGAUUGCCUUGCUCAGUGUGGCAAAGACUGCAAAUCUUACUGCUGUGAUGGAACCACGCCCUACUGUUGCUCCUACUAUGCCUAUAUUGGGAAUAUUCUCUCGGGCACAGCAAUUGCUGGCAUAGUAUUUGGAAUCGUAUUCAUCAUGGGGGUCAUUGCUGGAAUUGCCAUAUGUAUCUGCAUGUGCAUGAAAAACAACCGUGGGACGCGGGUGGGUGUCAUCAGGACCACCCACAUCAAUGCCAUCUCCUCCUACCCUGUGGCACCACCCCCCUAUAGUUACGACCAUGAGAUGGAACACUGUGCAGACUUGCCCCCUCCGUACUCCCCGACCCCAGCACAGCGUUCUCCACCCCCUCCGUAUCCUGGAAAUUCAAGGAAGUAAUCCUUCUCCCAGAACAGAAUAUGUGCCAAUCAGAGAUCUCCCCCGGAAUAAAAUAUCUCUACUCAGAAACAGACAGGAAAGGAUUGCCCUAAGGAAUACCCUUUUGGGUUAGACAAUAUGUCAAGUGGAAUGUCCAGGCUAAGAGAAGAGAUUCAGGGUUUCUACCCUACUCAGAGCUGAUCACAUCUGGGGUAUUAUGUUGGGUUCAGGGGGACCACAUUUGAAGAGUUCUACUGAUCAACAUAAGCACACUCAGAGAAGAGUAAUGGAUAGACAAAACAUCGGAAAUUCAUGUUGCUUAAGGAACAAAUGAAGGAAAUUUGCAAUAUUGAUCCUGAAAAAGAGAAGAUUUAUGUAAGACGACAAGAGGAUAACCUGGACUACAUAAGGAAACAACUAUACUCUGUAGCUUUAAAAGUCAGAACUAGAAUUGUUCAGUUUUUUGGUUCAUCAACAAAUGCAGAUCGAGUGCCUGAAAGCCUACUCUGUGCCUUAUAUUGUUGGAAACACUAGAUGGAAGUUACAGGAAGAGAACUUUGGUUUUAGUAUAAGAAAGGGCUGCUGAAGCUUUCGUAUUGACUAGAUUGCUUUGUGAAGCUCGCUAUCACCAAGACUCCAAACAGAACCUGGCUGACUACCUGGUAGAGACAUGCUCAAGAAGGGAGAGCUAAAUUAAAUGGUAGAUGGGUUCAUUGGGCCCCCAAAGCUCUGCUCAUGUUUUAGGUAGAUGUGAGGUGAAUUUCUAUGCCAUCAAGAAUGAAAAUAACAGAGAUAGUUGAAUCUAUCUAAUUUGAGACUUAAAACAAUCAAAAGGACUUAACAGCUGCUUGAAGCCAAGAACUCUUCAAUGCUAGAUACUGCCACCUGAUUUUAUUUAGUGUAUUAUGAUAAAGGUUAUUCCAACUGU